CGGACGCGCAGGCUGAUGAAGGAGCUGCAGGAGAUCCGGAGGCUAGGGGACAACUUCAUCACGGUGGAGCUGGUGGAGGACAACCUGUACGACUGGAACGUCAAGCUGCACCAGGUGGACAAGGACUCGGCGCUGUGGCAGGACAUGAAGGAGACGUGCACCGAGUUCAUCCUGCUCAACGUCACCUUCCCCGACAAUUUCCCCUUCUCGCCGCCCUUCAUGCGGGUGCUGACGCCCCGGCUGGAGAACGGCUACGUGCUGGACGGAGGGGCCAUCUGCAUGGAGCUGCUGACCCCCCGCGGGUGGUCCAGCGCCUACACGGUGGAGGCGGUCAUGAGGCAGUUUGCGGCCAGCCUCGUAAAAGGACAGGGACGCAUAUGUAGGAAAGCAGGAAAGUCCAAGAAAGCGUUCAGCCGUAAGGAAGCCGAGGCCACCUUCAAGUCCCUGGUGAAGACCCACGAGAAAUACGGCUGGGUGUCUCCGCCCGUGUCCGACGGCUGAGUGCUCAACCGCCGACCCCUUGACCCCCGUGCUAGCCGGACAAACCCAGCUAGCUCCGACACGCAAAAC